AUGGAAAGCCAAACCUCCUCCUCAGACUCGCAGAAGCAUGCAAACUGGGUCCAUGGCCUUCCCAAAAAGUCACUCCGCAAAGCUCAGUCUGGUAUCUUAGCCUUCAGAGCAGGGUUUGCUCGCCGUCCUCAGCCAAGUAUUAGCGUCGAAGAUAUGGCGCUUCGUCAUGGGCAAGGGGUCUCAAGUAUUACCACUCAAGAGGAUCUGAGUUUUGGCUGUGAUCUUUAUCGGACGGCCAUUUCAUGGUCUUCACCAGAAAAUCAGCUCAGUAUCGAUGCACUGAUGAGAGCAGAGCCAUUCCAUCCUUUGACCAACAUCAUUUCAGCCCCGGUAGUCCUACAAAGCUUUGAUGGAUCCCUUGAUGACUUCGGUACCGGAUUUGUUGGCAGUACGAAUGCGCCUGUGCAUCUACCACCCGCAACACAGUCCAACAAUGAGCAAGCCUUUUACUCUCAUCGCUCUACAGAUACAAGGGCAAGUAAGAUUGAUGGAACAGCUACCGAUUCAGCACUGAUUAAGGGCACAUUACGCAAGGUAUCUUUGACGGCAUCAACAGAUUGGGAGACACUGGGAACUGCUUCGACUGGCUCUGUUGAUGACGAUGACGGAAAACGGUUGCAAGACCUCACAGACGUGCGACACAAGGUCUUGGACAAGGCAAAUUCACCCAAUCGGUCAAGCCAAAGGUCAGAUAUGACGACAGAAUGGUCCACACACUGCGUCAAAGGGACAAGCAGCGGUGACGAGCAAGAGAAUGCUGGGCCAUCGAGGGAAAGGGAGAGGCCAAAAUUUAGAAGAGACCCCUCUAUCAUGCGAACAUCAUCGAGUAUGUGGAGUACUAUUAGCUCAAAUACCCCACACAGAGGAAGCAUUGGCUUCCUGCAAUCCGAAGCCUUCGUUACACAGGAAAGGCUGAUUCCCGACGAAGAACCGCCUACAGUUACAGCUGGUACAUGCUCUACUUCAAGCUUGACAGAAGGUUCUGUUGAAGCGAUCAUUGCUUUUCCUGGUAUCCAUCAUGAGCUACUAGAUCAGUGGAGAAGUGAGUCAAUGGAUGAGGAACAAGUGGAGGAUGUGGGGAAUAUCUUCGACGCCGAGAGGAAGACAAUCGUGAGCCAAGGUCAAUUUGCCGUUGUGACUACAUUCCCCAGAGCGUCGGAUCCAGACUAUGAUCGCCGUGAUUUACCAUAUCUUAUUGAUGAAAACGCAACUUGUACGGAAUUUCCUCGCUACAAUAGCAACCAAUGGGAAGAAAUUCAAGCGCAGUACUUAUAUCCAAGGCCAGAACGAGAUGUCCUGAGAAAUAGCCAGGAAACGAGUCAACAAAAUGCUAGAUCAAGCCCAUCUAUGGACUUUGACUCGGCGUUCCUGUUAGGCUCCAUACAAGCUCAACAAACGGAAGCAGUAUCGGAUCCCAGGAGCCAGUCUCAAAACCAACGUGCUGACACCCGUCAUUCGUUUGGCCUACACAUCUCUCUGCCAAAUGAACCGGGAGAGAUAUCGGAAGCGAACAGAAGGCGUCAACGAGAUUUGCACCAAUUUUUUGAGCAGCAACUUUUUGCUGAUACCCACUACGCCGGCCCCUACUGGAGAUGGGAUAUCGCGGGAACACCGUGUGAUGAUUCAGAUUAUUCGAAUAAUUUUUCGGCAAUUUUCACACCAGGCAGCACGACGUCACAGGAUGAAACAUCAGCGACAUCCAUGUCCAGUCUCAUGUGGUCUCCGCUUCACUCACCGAUUGAUGAAGAGGUGUUUUUCCCACCAGUUACCCGGAAUGAAUACUGGACCGCUGCUGGCAAGACAAGCAGUCUUUAUCCCGAUGGAGGCGAUGAGCCAGUGAAAGCCGGAAGGGCUCGCGGUAACGGAAUGACCUGCAAUAGAAAUGGCCGUUACUCAAUUGCGGCUCCUUUGGCCGAUGAAGACCACGGAAUUCCGUGGGCCACUUCCUAUUCGUCCCACAGCGCGGUGCAUGCUAUGAUAGCAAGAGGGGGAAGCGAUUCUACCGAUGAUUUCUAUCCUGGAUGA